AGUGUGUAUUGAGCAUAGUUUGAUAGAAAAAACUCGAAAAAGGAGAAGUUUGUAGCUUUUUGAAGUUCAACGAACGAAGACACUUGCAGAUUCGCAUAAAGAGAUAUUAUUUGGGGACGUAUAGAAUUUUUUAAAACGUUCUAUAGUUUUACUAUACGAGAAAAAAAUAAUAUCUCGUAAAUUUAACGUAAUAUUUCGUGCCUGUAUCUUUUGCAAUACAAAAGCCUACAGCUGCUUUCAAAAGCGAAUUGACGUGAUGUAGCCAGAUUAUAUGCGUGGAGCCGAGGACGUUCGUAAUUGUUCAAAGUACGUAAAAGAACGGCAAGGCUGCUAUAUAACCAGUAAAGAACCAAAUUUUAACUGAUAAACGUAAAACGCUAAAGAAUUAAACCAAUUUAUAAGUAAAUAAAUUAUCUAAACAGUGCGUGCAGAAUUUUUUAAAGUUAUGUUAUCCCCCGAGUGCAAAGCAUGUUUGUGAUUGCUCUUGUUAUGGCCGAUGACAUGACUGCAACGUCUGGCAUUAAGGUUGUCGGUAGAACAGCUAACAAUGUGAAAACUAAGCCGUCAAAUAAUGUAACUAAUUUGAAUAGUAGCAAAUCGGGAUCGCUUCCAACGUAUGGAUUACCAUCCGCCGGCCAAAGAAGACUUGUAAAAAAGACUGUUGUAUCGAAAGCGCAGGCUACGCCCAUACGUAUACCACUGUCGUCUCCAUCAAAGCUUCCAACGUCGAAAAAUACAGUUACCACGAAGUCGCGCUACUCCUCCACACGCACUUCAGCUGCCAUUUCUAAGGGAGGCUUGACAGUGGUGAAUAAAGCUCCCAAUAAUACUAGAACAAACUUGAAUUACCCCUCGAUUCAGAAGUCAGUGCAGCCGACGAAACCCAUGAAAAUAGCAAGCAAGCUCGAGGCUUACCAACGUAAAGUCAGUCAGGCGAAUACCAUAAUAAAGAAACUACCGUCGCCUAUAAAAAGUAAAACAGUUGCAAAGGAGACUGCCAGCGUCCGCAAACAGUCGGAAAACACAGCGAAGGAGUUUUGCUCUGAAAGUGAUAAAAACAAGUGCAAGUGUGAUGAUAAUGGAAAUUGCGUGUGUAAAACGAAAGACGGAAAGCCGUCUCUCAAGAAAACGAAAUCCAGACGGAAACCAGCUCGUCAUGCAACUUAUGUUAGUGAAUUAGAUAAAAGUCUUCGGGAAAAGUUCAAGCGAAAAGAGCCGGAGAAAAAAUCGUUGGAAAAACAACAGUCAGAGCAAGCAAAAGAACCUGUACGAAGGAGCAGUAGUCGACAAACACCUGUACGAAAUACCAGUAAUACACAGGCACCGCCCGUGAAAAGAGUUGUACAUUGCCCACUUCAUUCAAAAUAUGGAAAUAAAGCCUUCAUCAAGGCCAGGUGCAUUGAAGAGUGCCCUCAUUUUAAUAAAACACAACCAGAAACUAACACACCUUCACGAAGUAAAUUUUUACAGACAAAAAAACUUUUUCUUACAGACAGUGAUAGUUCUAAUAACUCGUCACCAGGAAUUCUUCGUAAGGCUGCUAGGCCAACCCAGGGCACAAGUAAAAUAGCGAACACGCAGAAAUACAGUAGUCAAACUAAACAAAUUCGUUCCUCCAUUCCGUUCCCGUUAAACGCAUCGACAAAUAAAAUAUUUGCAAAGGAAAAACUUAUAAACAAUCGUGUCAAAUCCGCUCCUGCAACCAGCGGCAGGUCAUCAAAACCGGUGCAAUCUUACUUGGUACGCAAUGGUCUGAUCCCUACGAAGAAAAUAGCGGAGGAGAAAGUUGUUGCUCCUAGGAAGAAAAUCAGACAGAAAAGUUUUAAACUUAGUGUUAGUAGGUCUCGUUCGAAAUCAUUUAAAAAUAAAAAUUUUAAACCGACUGUUUUAAAGAAAGUCAGGCCGGAGCCAUCAGAUGAAGAGAUAGCUGUGGACUCGCUGGAUCUUGACACUGAUCAGGAUAGCUUAGUGGAUAUACACGAUGAGCUGCUGUAUGAAAAACACGAACUGACAGAUUCUAAUAAGGAGAAUAAAAAAGACUCGAAUGUUGCUCGCGUGACGCCGAGAAAAAAGAUUCGACAAAAAAGUUUUAAGCUGGGUCGUAGUCGCUCGAAAUCAAUGCGACGUAAAAAAAGUACCCGCGCUAAUAAUAAGAUUAACGCGCGGGAAAAACUUGACAAUUCAGACAGUGGUGAAGAGAAUUUCGAAGAUGAUAGUUUGGCUGAACAAAGCAACGAACUUCUUCUUAAUGACGAAGAUACUUUGACGAACGAUUUAACAGCUGAAUUAGAACAUUUAUUUGAUGGAGAUGAAGAUGAAGAGGAGCUUGCUGAGUAUUAUUUUAACUUAUUUAAAGAGGAAUUCCCUGAAAUUGUUAGCGAGACUGGCUUAACAAAAGAAGAACUGGUGACGUUUUUUAACCCUAUGGUGAACAGACGACCCAAACUUCAACGACAGAAACAGUUGUUUCCGAAAGCAAAAGGGAAACACUUUCUUCGUGCAGGCGAAAUGCAUACCAAUAUUGCUACUUGGGCGAGGUUAUUAAAGCGAGCCACGCCCACAACGGGGUCAGCGUCGUUUAGCCCACAAGCCAGUGCGUCGGGAACUAAAACUCCUCCUCAAAAUAGUUUAAGUUCUAGUGAACCAACCUUAGUGAGUUCAACCACACAUCUACCAGACCAGUCGGCAUCUCCUGCACGCCGAUCUUCAUCUUCUAAUCAUUCGUCGACGCAAGAUUUAUCCAAUAAGAACGCCUCCUCGAACCAGGACCUGUCUAGUCGUCACUCAUCCUACAAUGAACUCCCCAUUGGUAGUUCUUCUCGGAAUGCUUCCCAUGACAACUUGCAUAAUAUACAAAAAACACGCAAACAAUCGGACUCUGCACCGAAUACUCGCCCAACUAGUAUAGAAAUUGUUUCACCGAGAGCCGAUAAAGGAAAGAGAACCCACAGCAGUAAUGGCAUGACCAGUCCCACUAUAGUCGAACAAAAAUCGGAAACUAAUAAUGUCCCUCCUGCGGUUCCUUCGCAUGGCCGCGCUUCUCCUUCACCUAAGACGGAACUUCACAGCACUGGUCGUGCAUCAGGUAGAAAAACCGCCGGAAGAUCACCAAAUAUACCAAGGAGAAACAGAAGCUCGACAAUGUCGAUGGAACAGUUCAGGUGUAUUAGUGUAUUAGGGCGCGGUCAUUUUGGAAAGGUUCUACUAGCUGAAUAUAAAACGACGAAAGAGCUGUUUGCUAUAAAGGCCUUGAAAAAAGGAGAUAUUAUAUCGAGAGAUGAAGUAGAAAGUUUAAUGUCGGAAAAAAGGAUAUUCGAAGCAGCAAACAGUGUGCGACAUCCGUUUCUAGUAAAUUUGUUUUCCUGCUUCCAAACGAAGGACCACGUGUGUUUUGUUAUGGAAUACGCUCCUGGCGGCGAUCUUAUGAUGCAUAUUCACGAAGAAGUAUUCAGCGAACCAAGGACGAUGUUUUACUCCGGAUGUGUCAUCCUUGGUCUUCAGUAUCUUCACGAACACGAGAUCGUGUAUCGAGAUUUAAAAUUAGACAAUUUACUGCUCGACGCAGAAGGCUAUGUUAAAAUUGCAGAUUUUGGUUUAUGUAAAGAAGGAAUGGGUUUUGGACAGAAAACUGGUACAUUUUGCGGAACGCCUGAAUUUUUAGCGCCUGAAGUGUUAACAGAGACUUCCUACACGCGUUCCGUCGAUUGGUGGGGUUUAGGCGUUCUAGUAUUUGAAAUGUUAGUUGGAGAGAGUCCGUUCCCUGGUGACGACGAAGAAGAGGUGUUUGACAGUAUUGUAAAUGACGAAGUUCGUUACCCUAGAUUUUUAUCAAAUGAUUCCAUUGCACUCAUGAGAAGGCUACUGCGUAAAAAUCCUGAAAGGAGGCUGGGUUCCAGUCAAAGGGAUGCUGAAGAUAUUAAGAAGCAACCUUUUUAUAAGGAUAUGAAGUGGGAAAGCCUUUUGCACCGAAAACUGAAAGCACCGUUCAUACCAACAGUGAAACACGCCGAAGAUGUAAGCAACUUCGAUGUUGAGUUUACUUCAGAAGAACCUGUUUUAACACCAACGAAGGAGCGACGCGGCCUAAAUACAAUAGAACAGAGUGCAUUCAAUGGGUUCGAUUACACAGCGGACUGGUGUUAGCGAGACACGUAUUGUGUUGUUAUACUCCGCCCUGUGGUGGAAUGAAGGAUAACGUCAUAAUCAACGAAGACCCCACGCGAUGCAGCUGCUGUUCUUUGAGAAAAAAAUUAUAGUAACAUCGUCUCACUGCGAAAAAAAACUUUGAAACAGUAUAGUUUUACAAAUUGCACAGAUUUAAUACAACUAUCUCUCCUGAUUUGUGGCAUAUGAACGGAAAUCAACAUGGUAGACGCGUAGUGUACCGGCAUGUUUUAACUCGAUCACUAUCGCAAUAUUUGUAACGGCAAAUUAUUUCUUUUCUAAUAAGCGCAAUAUUUGUGAUUUAUAUAUAUGUUAUAAUUACGUAGCACCAACUUAGAACUUAGGCUUCUGUGAGCUAGAGUCACGCAACUAGCUUUUAUUGAUACACCAUUUCGAUUUGGUAUGGCACAUCUUUAUCUUUAUAAGGUUGUUUUAAAAAUACCAGUUUUUAUAUUCACAAAAAUUACACAUACCUAUUAUAUAAGUUUUGCAAAAUGGGCAUUUUUUUGUUUAACUUAUUUUUGUAUCCGUGAAAUAAGCACGCGUAAAAGCUCGUGUUUUUCAAAAAUGAUCUACAAUUUCUUUCCUAACCCAUGCGUUUUUACAAAAUUACUACGAUGUUAGCGAGAGAUUAGGUAUAAGGUUGAUAUUCUGUUGUUGUUAUAGUGUACAAAAGCAAUUGCUGAAAAUAUAAUUUGUAUCAUAUCUCUUUAAAAAAAUAUUACUGCAAAAGUUGGUGUGAUUUUGUUCAUAUCACGCUCUGCGGAGGAAAACGAA